AUGCGGGCGAGGCCCGCCACGUGUCCUGGGACGGGCUGGCGAGGCCAGCCACGUGAAGUGGGACGGGCGGGCGGCGCCUGCUACGUUUCAUGGGAUGGGCGAGGGAGGCCCGCCACGUGUCUCAGGAUGAGUGGGUGGUGCCCGCCACGUGUCCCGGGACGGGUGGGCGAGGCCUGCCACGUGUCCCAGGAUGGGAUGGCGAGGCCUGCCACGUUUCACGGGACGGGCAAGGGAGGCCCGCCACGUGUCCUGGGACAGGCGGGCGAGCCCCACCACAUGUCCUGGGACGGGCGGGCGAGGCCCGCCACCUGUCCUAGGAGGGGCGGGCGAGGCCCACCAUGUUUCCCUGGACGGGCAGGCGAGGCCCGCCAAGUGGUCCUGGACGGGCUGGCGGCGCCCGCCAUGUGUCACGGGACGGGCAGGCGAGGCCUGGCCAGUGUCCUGGGAUGGGAGUGCGAGACCCGCCAUGUGUCCCAGGACGGGUGGGUGAGGCCUGCCACAUUACCUGGGAUGGGCAGGCGAGGCCUGCCACGUCUCCCGGGACGGGCGGGCGAGGUCCCCCACGCGUCCGGGGAUGGGCGGGCGGGGCGUGCCAUGCAUCCCGGGACUGGCGGGCUUGUCCCGCCACGAGUCCCAGGACGGGUGGGCGUGGCCCGCCAUGAGUCCCGGAAUGUGUGGGCGGUGCCUACCACGUGUCCCGGGACAGGCGGGCAAGACCCGCCACUUGUCCUGGUACAGGCGGGCGAGGCCCGCCACGUGUCCCGGGACGGGCAGGCGGUGCCCGCCACUUGUCUUGGGAUGGGUGGGUGA